AUGCCCACAACUUGUGAAUUUCAAUUAGAUCGCCUUAAUUUAGUGUAUAAUAGUGGCGAAUAUGUGAAAGGACGAAUUUUACUUUCAACGAACAAAACGAAACGUGUUAAUGCGGUGUACGUAACAUUUGAGGGUGAGGCCAAAGUGCAGUGGUCCAUUAGUGGUAAAAAUGAGACGAGUUAUUAUGGACAUCAACAAUAUUUAUACACCCGCACUAAUGUACUUAGUAGUCCAGAUUUUCGUGCUGGCACCCAUAUUUAUGCCUUAACACUGCGUAUCCCCGAGGACAGUCCGUCAAGUUGCAAAGGACCAUUUGGCUAUAUUGCCUAUAGUAUUUCCUUAACAAUUGAAAAACCUUGGAGUUUUGAUGAAGUUUUUCGCAAACCCAUAAUUGUAUUGCAGAAUUUAAACUUAAACCAUUCACCGGAAUUUGCGCUUCCGAUAAGAGAUGAGAGUGUCAAAUAUUUUUGCAAUUGGCCAUGCAAAUCGGGUCCUAUUUGUGUUCAACUUAUACUGCCAUAUUCUGGUUUUGUUCCCAUGCAAGAGAUACCAUUUUUCGUAGAAAUUGACAAUCAAUCGCCACAUUACGACAUAAUCAGUGUGGAGGCAAAAUUAAAGCAACAUUUUGUCUUUUUGGCACACAAACCAUUAAAAAGAAAUUUCCAUACAAGAACAUUGGUCAGGAGUCAAUACAGUGAAAGCACCCUACGUCUAACGAAACGACUAUAUGAGGGCAAAAUAUGUGUACCCUCCGAUACACCAAGGUCAACGUUAAACUUGAACUUCAUCGUCUUUUUGCAUUACACAUUGCAAGUGAGGCUAAAAACUGGCUGUUGCCAUUACGAUGCAGAUUUAUCGGUGCCAGUAGUAAUUGGCACGGAGCCAUUGCAACUGCUGGCAGAAAAUGAGUCGGUCACUACUCAGCCUACCAGCCGAGCACAAAGGCGUGCCUUGUUAGCAUUACGCGAAACCGGCGAAAUUGUGGACAAUGGAAAUAUAACAGAUGAGGAUGAGCAUAUUGAUGAUCAUCCGCCUUCUUAUGAUAGUUGUUUACCACCCUCUUUUAGUUAUGCCACACUUGGCAGUCAACAGACCUUAGAGUCCAGUAUACCAUCAUUGCCACAAGAGACCAAACCUAAUCAGCGAACACGCAUUAAUAUGCCAAAAUUUCCAGACUAUAAUACUUUUACCUCUGCACCGCAAUCGGCUAACCGAUCUGUUGAUUCGGUGUACGAUACACACUUAUAUAAUUCCUCGACAUCUUUGCCGGCUGAAGCGCGCACUGAUAGUACCGGUAGAAGUUUAGAUACCUUCGGUUCAAAUUGUGGCAUUUUAAAUGAAACCGACGAAAGUGUUGUAGAAACGGAAGAUAUGUAAAAUUAAUUAGCUGUUCUA